AUGGAUCCCGUAGAAGCAAAAGCUAAUUUCUUUAGAGUAUGUCAACUGUUGAUAGACAAAGGAGGCGAUGCUUUAAGAGCUGCUUUACAUGUAAAACAUCUGCCUUCUACUUUGGCUGCUGAUUUAAAUUCCCACAAGAAGACCUUGCAGAGGAUAAGACACACAGUGAUUAAACCCCCACAAUGGCAGUUACUAUUUCCAGCUUCGGGUGUACCAAAUUCAAACGACUUUGAUAUAACUUUAUUAACCAUUCUUCUCAGAAAUAUUUGUGGAUUGCCUUCACCAGCAGCAGGAUGGAAUGCUAUGCCUCCAGCAAGCGAUACGUCUAUAUCUGCCAAUAUUUUGAGAAUCAAGUUGUACAGAAAUGAUGUCUAUGGUCAUAUAUCAAGUGCUCAAUACGACAACGUCAAGUUCGAGACAUUGUGGCAAGACAUUUCGAAACCUUUAGUCAAGUUAGGAAUUCCUCAACAAGAUAUUGAUGAAUUAAAGGAAGCUCCUCUCAGUUCUGAAGAAGAAAGUUAUAUUGAUAAAUUAAAGGAAUGGAAGGAAGAAGAGGAUGACUUAUUGGAAAAAUUAAAGGAUGUCGAAACAAAAGUCGAUAAUGUGGAAGAAAAAAUCGCAAAGCUUCAAAAAACAGUUGAAACUGAAACUUUAAAUUUGUCCAAUGUCAACCAACUGGCCAAGUUUGACUUCACUGGAAAAAUUGAUGGUCUGUGUAAAAAAUUUCAAGAUGGCACCAGAGAUUGGUUUUUUGAAAAGCUGUCGAGUUGGUUCAGUGAUGAAGAAUCUAGAGUUAUGAUUCUGACUGCAGGUCCUGGCGUUGGAAAAAGUGUUCUGUCUGCAAAGGCUUGUGAGCUGUAUAAGCAACGUGGUGAACUCGCAUCAUACCACUUUUGUGAUUAG